CAGCUUCUCCAAUCUCCUCCCCAACUGAACUGACAGGCCUCGUUGAUUGAGGUCGAGAACUUGCGAGAAGGUGAUUGAUGCAUUAAAUGUGCCAUCCAGGCCGCCGUCGCUAUCAUCACGGCAUUCAUGGGUGAACCUUACACAGCGAAGAAAAGUGGAAUAUUUUUCAAGGAAGCGCUCAAAUCGGAAGUCCAGGGAUUGGCAACGGGAAUGAAGGGCGGGAUCAAGAGUCAGAAGAAGGAGUUGAAGAGCCGAGAAAACCCACAUGUUUCCUUCUCUUAUCACCGCGUCGACGUAAUUACUGCGAACCAAGUUUCAAGGUUCGGUCUACCCGAAGCGGCCCAACCGUGAUGGAGAAAGAUAAUUUACCUCAACCCACCCCGCACGGUUCUCCAACCUUUUCCGGUUUCCCCCAUGGGGUUCGGGUCCUCAAGGCUUCAAACAGAGUCAGGCUUUAAU